GUUAUCCGAAUCCUCGAUUAUCCGAAUGCUAGAGCAUAGUGCAAUCUGAGCAUGCGCAGUAGGAAAUUGCCCACGUGGCUGGCAAAAAGAAGCCAGCUGGCAUGUUUUGAUUAUCCGAAUAUUUCACUUACCCGAAUGGGCCCGGGGACAAAGGUGUUCGGAUAACCAAGGCUCAACUGUAAUACUUCAGCCUAUACUAGACUAUAAUAGUUCACACACUAAUUGCAGCAAGUAUAGACUAUAUAUAGACUAGAAUAAUUAAUCAACUGACACUGCAAGUUAUCUGUAGCUACCAGCAGAGAUGAUCCAACCAAUGGACCGGUACAACCAACCUCAUCCUGGGAUGAUGACACGUCCACACAAUGCAUCACCAAGGAAUCGAGUGACAGAAGAGUUUAGGAAGAGAGUGCAACAGUGGAACGGUGGUGACAACACAUUAUCAACUGUGAGGGGGAAUGAUCACUUUGGAAGACCAGUGGGUAUAAAUUCUACUGCCACUCGUAAUAAGACUGUACUCAAAUCAAGUCCAGAGCAGCUGGCAGCAGCCUCAGACAGAGUUGAGCAGGAAGCUGGGAAUACCAGGCCAUCAAUGUUUGGUGUGGCACUAUGUUAUACUGUGGCUAACGCUCCACCAGAACGUUCUGGAGUUAACAGUGAACUUGCGCAAGGAUGGAAGAGGAGACCAAGAAUUAAUCAGGAAAAGAGUCAGGUCAUAUCGGAUAAAAAUGAGAAUAUACUUGACUGUGUUGAUACCAAUACUAAUAUAGCACCAAUACAGGCUGCUGACAGUGAAGCACCAAUCAUCAAGCCAACAGAUGUAAAUCAUAAAACUUCAGCUAGGCGCAGACCCACCCCCCCUCCCAAGCCAAAAAAGAAAAUUUCGAUCAAAAAUAGUGACCAAACAGUAGUGAAACUACAAGAUGCUCAGGUAUCCCACACAAAAUGUCUUCAUGACGAAGGACAGAUGACUAUUCAGGUUGAUACCAACACCAACACAGCUAUCGGUCCCCAAGUGAAUAUACCAACACAGGCUGCUGACACUGAAACACCGAUCGUCCAGCCAAUAGAUGCAAAACCUAAAACUUCAGCUAGGCGCAGACCCACCCCCCCUCCCAAACCAAAGAAGAAAAGUUCAAUGAAAAAUAGUGACCGAACAGUAGUGGAACUACAUGAUUCUCAGGUAUCCCUUACUGACACGAAAUAUCUUCAUGACAAAGGACGGAUGACCAUUCAGGAAAUUGUAAAACCACAAGCUGCUGUGACCACUCAAGCAGGUGUUCAUGAACAACCACAACCACAACAAGCUUUGCUUGGUGAACAACAGAUCACUAACGCUGGAAAUGAAGGGUUUCCUACAACAAGAACACGAGCAAAUCCUUGUGAUGUAGCUGUUGAACAAUCUGCACUAACAGUUCAGAGUACAGAGUUAGAACAACUCCAGGCGAGAGAAGCUGCACAUCAACAGGAAGUCGUAAAAAUGAAACAGGAGUACAAGGGUGAACUGAAGACACAACUGACUGACCACAAUAAUACAUUGGCUGUCCUGACAUCACAACUGGAUGCAGCUAAGGUGGAGAAUGCCCGUCUGCUUACAUCAGCUGAUCAGACUCGGUUGGAUCAUCAGAGACAGCUAGUGGAGUUACAACAUGGUUUGAAUCGUAAAGUCAAAGCUGAUGAAAAUGUAUACAAAGCUAGCCUUCAACAUCAGAAAGAAGUGGAGCAAAGGGCAAAUCAACAAUUUGAGGAUAUCUUUCAACAUUAUGAAAAUGAAAUCCAAAGGCUUACCACAAAAAACGAACAGUUAGAGGCCAAGUCUAACUACAAGGAUGAGUUGGCUCCCUACAUCCUACCAUAUCUCCCUGAGCUUGGUGAGCAACAAGGCUCUGGGUCGUACGGAUCUGUCUACCCUAUACAACUGUAUGGGAUUUGUUGUAUUGCAAAACGAAUUCACGAUAUCUUGCUUGGUCAAGGGAGAGAAGAAGGAGUGAACUUAGAGGAUAAACGAGCGGCUUACUGCAAAUUCUAUCACGAAUGUGUGUUACUGAGUCGAAUUCGCCACCCCAACAUUGUCCAGUUCAUGGGUGUGUACUACGGGCCACAGAGAGAUUACGGGAGAGAGCUCACACUAGUUAUGGAGCGCAUGUACACGAAUCUCGAGGACUGCCUGAAACAGUAUAGUAAUAUUGAAAUGUGGUUGAAAGUGUCAAUUCUUCUAGAUAUUUCCCAAGGCUUGCUCUACCUUCAUUCUCGGGGCGUUGUUCACCGUGAUCUGACAGCUGCUAAUAUUCUCCUCACAACGAGCUUCCAUGCUAAGAUUGCUGACCUCGGUGUCUCAAGAAUAAUCAAUGUCCACCAUCAACAGUCGAUGAUUCCCGGGGCCCUCGGAUAUAUGCCCCCUGAGGCACUGACUGAAAUCCCAAAAUACGGCUCUGCUUUGGACGUCUUCUCAUUUGGUGUGCUAAUUCUGUUUGUCGUUCUACAAAAAUUUCCACAAUACUAUGACGAUCUUGUCACUCCCGAGGGAUUAAUUCACAAGGAAUCUCAUAUUCAAAAACGUUCGAAAUGGAUCAACAUGUUGCCGUCAGAUCAUCCGUUUGUUCAAUUAAUUUGUGACUGCCUUCAAGAUGUUCCUGAACGAAGACCCACCACUAACAAUCUUAAUUACAUGCUGAUUCAAAUUGCCGCGAUGCACCCCAAACCUUACCAAGAUAUUAUCGAUAUGCAAAAGCGUUAGCAACUUUAAUGGCCCAUGCACUCACUAUGCCGUCCACCAGUGUAAAGUUAGUGUAAAGUCAGCAAGUUAAAAUUACAGAAAUAAUCCUCAUGUAACAUUAAUGUUUAUUAACUCUAAGUGUAUUCAUUCAUUUUCCACUUUAAUGUCCUGCUAAAAUCAAAUUAGCUAUAGGUGCAGGUAUACCCGCUGCAUGCGUAUGCGGUACGAUGAUUAUAAGGCUAAGCUAUAAUAAUAAGUUUAUAUACGCAAUGCAUUGCUCGAUCCAGUUCAGAUGUUAUAAUCGUUUUCUUUUCGUAUGAACCACCUAGUUCAAGAACUUGACAAUUCUCAUAGCAAAUUGAAGCAGAGCAGACAAUUUCUAUCCACUGUCAGCAUACUAGCUAUAUACAGCAGUUUUAAGCACCUUUGCAACACACAUGCACACACACACACACAAUUAAUGUACAAACCCACACUGUGGUUGGUACUGGAUGUAAGAACCACGAAAUAAGCUGUGUCAGCAUUUUAUUAUUCUAUAGUAUCUAUAGUGUCCAACAUGGUGUCUUGUGUAGUGACCAAUAGUGUCCAAUAGUGUCUUUUGGUAUCUAGAUAAUGUCAACAGUGGUUCAGUAGUGUCCGCGGUGUCUAUGGUGUCCUAUAGUGUCUAUAUGGUGUCCUACAUGCAGCUUCUCAGUGGUGUUCAGUAGUGUCCGUGGUGUCUAUGGUGUCCUAUAGUUUCUCAGUGGCGUUCAGUAGUGCCCAUGGUGUCCAAUAGUUUCUCAGUGGUGUUCUGUAGUGCCCGUGGUGUCUAUGGUGUCCUACAGUUUCUCAGUGGUGUUCUGUAGUGCCCGUGGUGUCCUAUAGUGUCUAUGGUGUCCUACAGUUUCUCAGUGGUGUUCUGUAGUGCCCAUGGUGUCUAUGGUGUCCUAUAGUGUCUAUGGUGUCCAACAGUUUCUCAGUUGUGUUCUGUAGUGCCCGUGGUGUCUAUGGUGUCCUAUAGUGUCUAUUAUGUCCUACAGUUUCUCAGUGGUGUUCUGUAGUGCCCAUGCAUGGUGUCUAUAUGGUGUCCUACAGUUUCUCAGUGGUGUUCUGUAGUGCCCGUGGUGUCUAUGGUGUCUAACAGUUUCUCAGUGGUGUUCUGUAGUGCCCGUGGUGUCUAUGGUGUCCACGGUGUCCAACAGUUUCUCAGUGGUGUUUUGCAGUGCCCGUGGUGUCUAUAGUGUCCUACAGUUUCUCAGUGGUGUUCUGUAGUGCCCGUGGUGUCUAUAGUGUCCAACAGUUUCUCAGUGGUGUUCUGCAGUGCCCGCGGUGUCUAUUGUGUCCUUCAGUUUCUCAUUGGUGUUCAGUAGUGCCUGUGGUGUCUAUAUGGUGUCCUAUAAUGUCCUACAGUUUCUCAGUGUGUUCUGCAGUGCCUGUGGUGUCUAUGGUGUCCUACAGUUUCUCAGUGGUGUUCUGUAGUGCCCGUGGUGUCUAAAGUGUCUUAUAGUGUCCUACAGUUUCUCAGUGUGUUCUGCAGUGCCCGUGGUGUCUAUGGUGUCCUACAGUUUCUCAGUGGCGUUCAGUGUGCCCGUGGUGUCUAUGGUGUCUUAUAGUGUCUAUGGUGUCCAACAGUUUUUCAGUGUUGUUCUGUAUAGUGCAUGUGGUGUCUAUGGUGUCCUAUGGUGUCCAACAGUUUCUCAUUGGUGUUCUGUAGUGCCCGUGGUGUCUCUAUGGUGUCCUAUAGUGUCUAUGGUGUCCAACAGUUUCUCAAUGGUGUUCUGUGGUGUCUAUGGUGUCCUAUAGUGUGUAUGGUGCCCUAUAAUGUCCUACAGUUUCUCAGUGGUGUUCUGCAGUGCCCGUGGUGUCUACAGUGUCCUAUAGUGUCUAUGGUGUCCUACAGUUUCUCAUGCAGUGGUGUUCUGCAGUGCCCGUGGUGUCUACAGUGUCCUAUAGUGUCUAUGGUGUCCUACAGUUUCUCAGUGGUGUUCUGUAGUGCCCGUGGUGUCUAUGGUGCCCUAUAAUGACAUCCAACAGUUUCUCAGUGGUGUUCUGUAGUGCCCGUGGUGUCUACAGUGUCCUAUAGUGUCUAUGGUGUCCUACAGUUUCUCAGUGGUGUUCUGUAGUGCCUGUGGUGUCUAUGGUGCCCUAUAAUGUCCUACAGUUUACCGCUGAGAAACUCUCCACAGGCACUACUGAACACCACAGACAACAGUAGGACACUAUUGUGCACCAUAGACACCACGGGCAUUAUUGAACACCACUGAGAAACUGAAGGACACCAGGGGCGAUCCUAGGAUUCAGUCAAUGGAGGUGCUCAUUGCGCGCAAAGCGCGCCGCAAAAUUUUAACCACGCCCACUUUCGGGGGUGUCACGCCCCUUUUGUCGGCAACGCCCACUGUUUUCUAGAUGGUGCACAGUACUGACAGUAUAUACAACAGUGCAGUGCAGUACAGUGCCAUCAGCAAAUCAAGAAUGUUUAUGACCAGAAGCUCAAUUCGCCUGGGAUGGCAAACUCUAGCCAACUCUUCUUAAGGCCACUAAAAGAUUGAUCAGCUUACCAGGAGGUGACAGGCAGCGUACAAAGUAUGACCACCAGUACCUUGAUGUUGAGGAAAAGAGACUUUGUAGUUUACAUUGCAAACAUUGAUUAUUAUUAAUUUAUUGUACAUACAUGUAGGCUUAAUUAUAUAAUUAUACUAUACAUUCA